ACUGGUCAGCUCCCAGUAUAAGUCCACACACUCUUCAUCUGUGGCAUGCAUUACAUCCUCACCCCACCCAGCACAUGUGUUAGGGAUCCGAAGCACCGCCUCUUGAGCCCCCAGAGUAAAGAGAUGAAUGGACCUCCCCCUGGACCCCUCCCAGCCACAGUGAGUCACAGCUGACUGCAAAGCAGCGCGAGUCUCCACCCGAGAGGACGUCCACUGGAUGACCGGAACACUGAGCAACAGUCUCGUUUUACGCGUCCUGAAUCACGCCAUUGUCCAGUGAAACUGAUCUCCAACCAGCCGUCAGCAGAUCCGCCCCGGGGGCUGCAGACUUGACUCGAGGAGGAAAGAAAGCCGAAGAGGAGGCCGAGUAGAACAUCUCUGCUCGUCUGGAGGUCUGGAGGGAACAACAUGUCUAAACCUGAUUAUUCCGGCACGUUUCAUAUGGUGGAGCAGGACAACAUGGACUCCUACCUCGCAGCUUUAGAUAUUAAUUUUGCCCUGAGGAAGAUUGUGUGUUUGUUGAAGCCCAGCAAGGAGAUCGUCCAUGACCCGGCCUCAGGGGCCAUGAGGAUCCGCACUCUCACUACCUUCAAGAACUUCAACAUGGAUUUUACUAUUGGAAAAGAAUUCACCGAAGACUUGGGACCCGUGGACGGUCGUACUUGUCAGACCACAGUGAGCUGGGAAGGAGACAACCUGCUUUGUCAACAGCAAGGCGAGAAGGAAGGACGAGGCUGGACACACUGGCUGGAGGGUGACAUGCUGCACUUGGAGAUGAGAGUUGAAGGCGUCGUUGCCAAGCAAGUCUUCAAGAAAGCUGUUUGAAGAAACUACACAUAUGUUUUAGUGGAUUAAUGCUUAAUUGAAUGUAGUGAAGGACAAGGUACAAGUCUGAAUAAUGUUUUUUAGUUUUUACAUUUUUAUUAUAAUCAACAUUAUUUUGAAAUGUCAAAAUAAGACAUCUUUGAAAAUACUAAAAUGUACGUAUACAUCUUAAUUGUCUGAUGGUACUAACUGAAAGAAAAGGCAGCUUAUCAGAACGUCUUCACAGUGUUAUAAACAAAUCAUACAUCUGUCUGGCAUCACUGCUGCGUCUUUAAUUCAACACACCAGCUCCACUGCACAUAUUAAAGUUGUAUAUAGUUUACAAAUACUGAAA